AUGAUUAAGUUUCUUGAAGAAAGGGGUGAUAAUCAUCAGCAAUUACGUGACUUAGACUGGCAAUGUGAUUUAGUAUUUUUAGUAGAUUUCACUGGUAAACUAAGCAUUAAAUCUGGAACUGCAAGGCAACAACAAAACGUUAUCAGAAAUGAUUACAUCAUUCAAAUUCAAGCAGUACCUAUGAUAGUUGAUAUUAAGAAGAAAAGGUUUCUAAGAUUUUGA